AAUCACGGGAAAUAGACAGGGCUAGGACACGUAUUAAUGACAAAUAGAUUCGGAAUCACAAAUGACACUGAUUUACACAAAAUACGACGGAUAAACACGACUUUACUACUGUAAAUAACGAAGAAAACCAGUCUAAGACAGCCGCAAGGCAUCAGACACUAUGGAACGACAGAGUAGCUGUCGAAAACAGACAACCAUAUAUAACUGGAUAAUCAAAAACCACAAAGAAUACCUAUAGUUGUACAUUUGAAGAAAAAAUUACGAUUUGUAACAGAAAUACUGAACAAACUGGCCUGGGUGCACAGCGACUUAUUUCGAACCGGCCGCCGUGACCGUGUGCAACAAUAGCCAAUUGUCUGACUUCCAAUGAUCAGUAUUGAGUAUCUCGACUUUUCUGGCCAUCACAGUGGAAGCUGCUCCUGUCAAUCUUUGACGCUUUUCCACCAAGUUCCUUGUUAGCACUGGGACAAUGAAUUUCGCAUUUACACGAAUUUCAGUUGCCUGGCUCCGUUGUUAAAAGGCACUAGCCCCUGGAUACGCUCGUUUCACGCUCUCGCCAGCUCUUGGUAUGCACUGUAUUUCACUACCGUUCUGCUUUAUGGUUGAUGAAUGUACGGCUUUUGUUUCCUGUUUCGGCCUGCAUCCUUUAUCUAACUUUUUAGCUAAGUCCUUUGAACUAUAAUGACACGCGACUGGAGUUGCGAGUUGGAUCAUUUGUUGGAGACGCAAGAUGACAUCGAGAAAGAGAUGGCUGCUGAUAACAAAAUGGAAAAGGGGAUUUUAGCUCCAUCUUCAGAGGGGUCCUUCAGCGGUGCUUUUGCGCAAAAUUACCGAGCCAGUUCUUUCACCAAUCUAAGAUCCGGUGAAACCAAUAAAAGACUGAACACCGAAGUGUGCGCGUCUGAAGAUUUGACUGUUUCCAAUCGCGGCCCAAACAAACGCUUUAGACCUAAUUCACCAUGUAGCCUGGAAUCCUCUGUCGAGUUUGUACAUAAUCCAACGCUACUGAAGCGUAUUCCUCUUAACGGCGAUUACUUAUCCGUUACUUUUACUGAUGGGACCAGAUAUUAUUUGAAAAUGACCGACACUUUGACCGAAUUUCCAACUCAUUUCGAACGGUAUGAAGCCUCUGGGCUCAUCGAAGAGGCUGAGCACAUCUUGAAAUCUAGGUUCGAGUCCCAGUUGACUCCUCAGUUUGGUUUAACUGAGGCAUCUUAUGGAUCGAAAGAGCUUUGGACCACAAAAUAUGCUCCUAAAAGGUACACAGACCUUAUUUCGAAUGAGGCCCUCAAUCGAGCUUUACUGCGAUGGUUGAAGUCAUGGGAUUCCUGCGUAUUCGGCUCUGGUUCUGCCGAUCGCCCAACUGCUUCAUACAACAAAGCAAAUGCUAAUUUCCGAACAGCCGCGCAAUCGAUGGACUGGUGCGAAGAUUUGGAGCGGAUGGCUAGUGAAAUCGAUCCCCGCGACGGGCUGCCUCGUUAUCGAGUGGUCUUGCUCUCCGGGUGCCCAGGAUUGGGCAAGACCACUGUGGCGCAUUUGUUGGCACAACACGCUGGUUAUCAGGUAGUCGAAGUCAACGCAAGUGACGAUCGGACGGUGUCGAGUUUUCGAGAUCAGUUGGCCGCUAUUGUCUCAAGCACAUCAAGCUUGAAUAUCGCUUCGGGAGAUCCUCCAGGCCAAAUGUCUUCCUUCAAACCAUGUUGUCUUGUUUUGGAUGAAAUCGAUGGUGCGGUGCCGGGCGCGGUUGAACUCUUGGCCGCAGCCGCCUCUACCACAAUUCGUCCCAGCACAGAACGUCGCGCACGAAGUAAACGCACUUCUCCACUUGUCCUCCGUCGACCUGUGAUAUGUAUAUGUAACGAUCUUUACUCCUCGUCGGUUCGACCUCUUCGCGCGCCUGGUGUUCCUUGCCUGGUUCUACGCUUUCCCAAUGUAGAGUUAGGACGUCUGGUCGCUAGGUUGAACUGGAUCGCUUUUCAAGAGAACUUUGUCGUGGACAAGCUUCUAUUAAUGCAUCUGGCCGAAGUGUGCGAUCGAGACAUCCGAUCUUGCCUGAAUGCAAUGCAGUUCCUCAGCUCACAGCUUGCACGCGACUCCUCCAGUUGUGAACCAAAAAAGCUAUACCUAGAGGAUACCUCUGCACUUGUCGGUCUGGCGGGCGGCAUAAAGGACAUGCAAAGAAGCCUUUUCGAGGUGUGGAAGGCCGUGUUCACUAUCCCCGCUCCAAGACUAUUGACUGGUCUGAUGGAAAGACGCACACGAUUUCGGUGCGGGAUACAAGGGAACCGUGUUGGCCAAACUUCCUCAGGUCGUUCGCAUAGUGACGGCGACGCUUCUCUCUCGGCUCGUCUGGACUACGUGCUUGAUAUGGCUAAUGCUGCCGGUGAUAUGACUACAGUGGCAAUGGGCAUCUUUGAGAAUUAUUUGAAUACUCGGAUGAAAGAUGCCAGUUUGAAUGUGGCUCGCCGAGCUUCCGAAUGGUUCAUCUAUCACGAUAGGCUAUUUAAGCGUAUUCAUUCGCAUUCUGACUACAGCCUGCUGCGCCAUCCUUCUAUACUUCCUGGUUGGUUCCAUCUGGCACUUGCUACACCCCUGGGCCUUUCCUCGGCACCUGGGGUCGGCGCGAAAUCCUUGGGCAUACGUUGGCCGUCGACGCAUUCUGAAGCGAAUGCAAAGCAGUCUCAGUGCAACUCGGUUCUGGAUCAGCUUUUAACCAAUCAGUGGUCAAUGGCGCCCAGCACGUUACGAACGACUCGGGAGGAUGCUGCAGUGAUUAGUACAUCUAGCAGUUUUCGAUUUUUACCGCGCCGAACAUUCGUACUGGAUGUCGCCCCAUUAGCCAUCAGUUUGCUGUCACAAAUCUCUUCAAAUGUGCGCUCGUUAAACGCUCAAUUGUAUAGCCAACAAGAAAAAGCUCAUCUUAAAUACUUCGUCGAUGUUAUGCUCAACCUGGGGCUCGAUUGGUCACCGCAGCCGAACACUGAGACUGGUGAAAUCGACUUUCAACUGGAGCCUCCUCUAGACAUGGUUACACACUUGGGAAAUACUUGCAGUCCUAUGCGAUGUAUUCCACACGCAAUCAAACAGCUGCUCCAUCGUGAACUUAAUCUGGAGCGUGUUAGGCGGUCAGCGCGUUUAUUGCGAUGGACCGAGACUACACCCGGAGACAGACUGGCACCUCCGGUUUCUGAACCUCUUGUUAAGACUGGUCCUAUCGAACCUCCGGCCGGCACACCAGCGUUUUCUAAAAAGAUAAUGAAAGAUUUUUUUGGAAGACCAGUAGAGGAAAAAUCAAGGCUUCAAAAGGUGGAGACGAGCGCUGGCACCACCGUUGAUCACCAAAGCUGUCUGGGCCAAACAAUCUACUAUCGCUUCCGUGAAGGCUAUUCGAACGCAGUUCGAAGACCGGUUACUUUGAAGCAGUUUUUGUGAUAUGGUACACCAUCCGCAAACUGCUCCAGUUCCAUCUAGUGUGCACAUCGUGUGUCAGUUCGCAACACGAGCCACACCAUUCUGGUCGAUGUACAGCUGUCUUCCAUGUGUACAUGCUCGUCUUUUGAUAUUUGGGCGUUAACUUCGUUUAUAUAGAACUUUUUAUAUAAAACUGUCCCUUUAUUUUGGGUAUUUUGUUUGCCCUUCAUUUCGCACAUCUACCAUGAUCCCGCAAUAAACAGGAACCCAAGAGUCAUCACACAUUUGUUCUCUGACUUUUCUGCCAGAUGCCAAUCUUACUCCCCCCCCAUUGGCAAUCGCGUAGACUAUUGCUGCAGACCAUGCAUACUGGAUG